AUGGAUUUUUCGCGUCCGAGUUUGGUUCGUGGUGGUAUGAGUCACUGCUUGCCUUCUCGGUUCACCAGAUUUUGGGAUAAUUAUUAUUCUAAUCCACUGAGGAGGAAUGUCUCUCUAAGUGCUACUUUGACUUUGAAUACUCCUCCUUCAAGAGUUUUUAGUUCAAAGCCAACUCGACUAGUCUCCUUUGGAUUUAGGUCACAUUCUCUAGCUGAUGCUCGCAAUGUUGAAGCUAAUGUUCACAGUGAAGGAAACGAAUCUGACAGCUUGGAGGAACUCAGGGAGUUACUUCACAAGGCUACCGAAGAACUGGAAGUUGCCAGGCUCAAUAGUACCAUGUUCGACGAUAAGGCUCAGAGGAUUUCUGAAACUGCAAUAUCACUAAAGGAUCAAGCCGCUAGUGUUUGGCUUCAGGUUAACAAUACUCUUGAUCUCAUCCGAGAUACUGUUGAUGAGGAAUCUCUUGCUAAAGAAGCUCUUCAUAAGGCUACUAUGGCCUUAUCUCUCGCUCAGGCUAGGCUUCGUGUUGUAGAGGAAUCUCUUGAAACUAAUGGUUCUCCAGAGGCUGAGAAAACAGAUCUUCUUAAAGACAAGGAGGAAGCCCUUUUAGCUGCCAAGGAUGACAUCAAAGAAUGCCAACUCAACUUAGCAAAUUCUGAAGCUCAACUGAGUGGUUUGCAGAGCAAAAAAGAAGAGCUGCAGAAGGAAGUCGACAAGUUGAAUGACUUCGCUGAGACCAUACAGAUCAAUGCCUUGAAAGCAGAAGAGGACGUUGCUAAUAUCAUGAAAUUGGCUGAACAAGCUGUCGCUUUUGAGCUUGAGGCUACUCAACGCGUUAAUGAUGCAGAGAUUGCUUUGCAUAGAGCUGAGAAGUCUCUCUCCAUCUCGCCGACCCCAGAAGAAGCUCAAGGCCAACUCCCGGAUGAAGAAACUCCCCUCCACGAUGAGGUGCUACUCUCAAGUAAUAUCCAAAGUGGUAGCCAUGAGGCUGAAAGAGAUACACAAAUACAUGAAGAUCUCUCAGCGCUACAGAACACAGCUGAUCAUUUGCCUGAUAAUGUUGGUCAGAAGGCUCAAAAGCUAACGCAGUCUUAUGAUUCAAACGGUCAUGAGAAUGGAAAGCCAAGUGUUGAGUCUUCCGAAGUGUUGGCAUCAGAUUCUGAAAAGUCAAAGAUUCUGAAGAAGCAAGAAACACAGAAAGAUCUCCCAAAAGAGGGUUCUUCUCUUAAUGCAUCCAAGGCAUCGUUUAAUAAAUCCUCUCGUUUCUUUUCUGCAUCUUUCUUCUCUUCCAAUUCAGAUGGGAAGACGACUGUGUUUGCGAGUCUGGUUGAUUCUGUCAGACAGCAAUGGCCCAAGCUAGUUCUUGGGGUUGCACUACUCGGAGCAGGACUGACAUUAUACUCCAACGGAGUAGGCGGGAACAAUCAGCUGCUUCAACAGCCAGAUGUUAUCAGCACUAGUACAGAAGAUGUCUCUUCCAACAAGAAACCAUUGAUCCGGCAAGUGCAGAAACUUCCCAAGAGAAUUAAGAAAUUGCUUGAAAUGAUCCCUCACCAGGAGGUCAAUGAGGAAGAGGCUUCGCUUCUUGAUUUUUUGUUCUUACUGCUGGCAAGCGUCAUAUUCGUGCCUCUAUUUCAGAAAAUUCCUGGAGGCAGUCCUGUUCUUGGGUAUUUGGCAGCUGGAAUUCUGAUUGGUCCUUAUGGUAUUUCGAUAAUCCGUAAUGUGCAUGCAACCAAGGCCAUUGCAGAAUUUGGAGUCGUUUUCUUGCUUUUCAACAUUGGCCUUGAGCUAUCUGUUGAAAGACUGAGUUCCAUGAAGAAGUAUGUUUUUGGAUUAGGCUCCGCUCAGGUUCUGGUGACAGCAGCAGUAGUUGGAUUGAUUGCCCAUUAUGUUACUGGUCAGGCUGGUCCAGCGGCAAUAGUUAUCGGAAACGGCCUGGCACUGUCCUCCACUGCUGUUGUCCUUCAGGUUCUACAAGAACGGGGUGAGAGCACAUCUAGACAUGGACGAGCUACAUUUUCCGUCUUGCUUUUCCAGGAUCUAGCUGUAGUUGUUUUACUGAUUCUCAUCCCGCUUAUUUCACCUAAUUCAUCCAAAGGAGGGAUUGGGUUUCAAGCCAUUGCUGAAGCGCUUGGACUUGCUGCAGUCAAAGCUGCAGUUGCUAUUACUGCCAUAAUUGCUGGUGGCCGUCUUUUUCUUCGACCAAUCUACAAGCAAGUUGCAGAAAAUCGAAACGCAGAGAUAUUCUCUGCUAAUACACUGCUUGUUAUUCUUGGGACUAGUUUACUGACAGCUAGGGCUGGACUUUCCAUGGCAUUAGGAGCGUUUUUGGCGGGUUUACUCCUUGCGGAGACAGAAUUUUCCUUGCAAGUGGAAUCAGAUAUUGCUCCAUAUCGUGGUCUCCUGCUGGGGCUCUUCUUCAUGACGGUUGGCAUGUCUAUAGAUCCGAAACUUCUUCUUUCUAAUUUCCCUGUCGUAUUGGGGACUUUGGGGGUCCUGAUAGUGGGAAAGACUAUAUUAGUCGUGAUCAUGGGCAAAUUAUUCGGAAUUUCAAUCAUAUCUGCAAUUAGAGCCGGACUUCUUCUUGCCCCAGGCGGAGAGUUUGCAUUUGUUGCUUUUGGAGAAGCUGUCAAUCAGGGUAUAAUGUCUCCUCAGUUGUCUUCGUUACUGUUUCUUGUGGUGGGAAUAUCAAUGGCUAUCACACCUUGGUUAGCUGCUGGUGGCCAGUUAAUUGCAUCCCGGUUUGAGUUGCAUGAUGUUCGAAGUUUAUUGCCGGUUGAAAGUGAGACGGAUGAUUUGCAAGACCACAUAAUUAUUUGCGGAUUUGGACGAGUUGGUCAGAUAAUUGCUCAGCUUCUUUCAGAAAGACUUAUCCCAUUCGUUGCCCUAGAUGUUAGCAGUGAUAGAGUGACUAUCGCCCGUUCCAUGGAUCUUCCUGUUUAUUUUGGAGAUGCUGGUAGUAGAGAGGUUCUCCACAAAAUUGGAGCUGAGAGAGCAUGUGCUGCUGUGGUUGCUUUAGACGCACCAGGAACAAAUUACAGAUGUGUGUGGGCUCUGAGCAAGUACUACCCCAACGUGAAGACAUUUGUUCGUGCACACGACGUUGUUCAUGGUCUUAAUCUUGAAAAAGCUGGUGCUACUGCAGUUGUACCAGAGACUCUGGAGCCAAGUCUACAGUUGGCAGCUGCUGUUCUUGCUCAGGCCAAACUACCGACAUCAGAAAUAGUAAACACGAUCAACGAGUUCAGAACCCGUCACCUGUCUGAACUAACGGAGCUAAGUGAAGCAAGCGGAAGCUCUCUGGGGUACGGCUUUUCGAGGACGACGAGUAAGCCAAAAGCUCAAGAGUCGGAUGCAUCUGAGGAGAACCAGAUCAUGGAAGGAGGUGGUACACUCGCAAUCUGAGGGGCCGUUUCUUCAUUCUAGCAGGAACAAGGAGCUUAGGCAUUCUUGUGGUGGCCAUUUCUUUUGCCUGGUAGUUUCUUACUUUGAUGGAAAAAGUUGAAACAGUCUCCUUUGAACAGAUUAGUUUAUGUAAUUAAAGAGUAAAUAUUUACUCCAUCCAUCUCAUUUGGGAGUUUUAAGUCUCUGUUCUCAGAAGAACAAAACCAUAUUCUUGCAGGGGGAAAAGCAAGGAAUGUUUUUCCAUGUGUUGUAAUACGUGCCGAGACUUUCUUUUGACACUUCAACACAGCAAUAUGGUUCCCAC